CAAGCCAUCAGACCUAAAUUUGCAAAAGCCCGAUGGAUCCGAUCGACAAUGAAAUGUUGUCUUCAGAUUCGAAUUACAAUAGUGAUAUUAGCGACGAUGCCUCCGCCACCGGAUCGAUAGAGAAUCCAAUGUACAAAUGCAAAUAUUGUCCUAGGAAAUUCGAUAAAACACAAGCAUUGGGUGGUCAUCAAAAUGCUCACAGGAAGGAGAGAGAGGUCAAAAAACAACAUGAAGCAUUUUUGGCGCAUUUGAACCAACCGGAGCCAGACCUUUACUUGUACUCGUAUUUGCAUCCGCAUUCAUUUCCUAACCACUACGCACUCCCAUCGGGAUUUGAACAACGUCGUUACAAAGUUGAUAGAAUUGACAAUAUGUCCAUGGUCUACAACCACUAUAUGGGAUCCUCGAGCUCUGGCUUUUUAGGACUACGAAAUGAUCCAAGUCAAGGAAUGGACCGAGGUUCGACCUUUAACGGGAUCCCAUCCCAAACCCAACCUCAACCUCAACCACUAUUGUCUGCAUCGUCACCAGUGUGUUUAGAUCUUUGUCUUGGUGUUGGUAGCUCCCAAACCCAACCACAACCUGAAGAACCAAACGAUGCAACAGAAGGGACGGAUGCUGAGAAAGAAAAUGAUUGUUCUUCCCUUUCUCUCUCACUCAAGCUAUGAAGUUGUAAUGCUUCCCUUUUAAGUAUUUUCUUUAAUUUUGAUCACCUUUGUUUUCUUGCAUAGUAUCGGCUUGUGUCAAAUCAGUACUUGUGCACUUAAACAUUGUAAUAAACUUGGUUGUUAUUU